AUGAUGAUCCGAGAUGGGUUGGAGCUUGGUGGCUGUAUGGUGUUCAUAGCAGGAUUCGUUGUGAUCCUCUCCUCUCUGAUGUUCUGUUUCCCGAAGCAAAUACGACAGAGUCCUCUACCACCGCCUCCCAAGAAGAUUAAAGAGAAGAAUGAGCCGUUGUUUAAAGAUUUCUUUGCGACGAUCAAACGUCAGUUGACAAAUGACAUCCUGAUGUGGAGGACAGCCAGUUCGGUUCUCCAUCUGAUGCCCAUAAGUGGAGUCUACUCAUUCCUGCCCAAAUACCUGGAGAAGCAGUUCAGACUGCCCACGCACGAUGCCAACCUUGUUUCGGGUCUUGGCGGAAUUUUGGUGAUGGGUUUAGGUAUUAUCACCUCCGGAGUGGUUAUACUAAAGCUGGUCCCGAGUGCGAGACAAGUUGCCGCCUGGACAGCUGCAACUGCUGCCAUCUAUAGCGCUGGUAUGAUACUGCUUAUGUUUGUGAGUUGUCCCGAAGAAUCCUUUAGAGUGUUGAGUACGACAAACAACAACCUCACUUGUAGUGUUGGCUGUCAUUGCGAGAAUUCCUCAUAUAGUCCUGUUUGUGGGCAGGACUCAUACACAUACAUGUCUCCGUGUCAAGCUGGUUGUCAAAGCAGCAAACAACUAGACAACAACACUUGGUACUACAGUGACUGCGAAUGUGUUAAUAACAACACUAUCGGCGAUAAGGCUUACAAAAUAUUGGAACGAUACGAUGCAGUAAACGUGACGUAUGAGGACAUAUCGAACGGCGGAUUUGCCGUGAGCGGCGAAUGUGGCGGUUCCUGCAAUCAGAUCUAUUUAUUCAUAGCGAUAUUUGCAGCCAUUAUGUUCGUACACGCCAGUGGUGAAGUCGGGGCUGUGUUAUUAAUUAUACGCUGUACGGAUAAACAUGAUAAGGCCAUGGCGAUGGGGGUGAUACAGUUUGCAAUUGGAGUGUUUGGGAAUGUCCCAUGCCCCAUAGUGUUUGGGGCGGCAGUGGACGCGGCCUGUCGAUUGCGGGACGUCGCCUGCGGCGUACUUGGCGGCUGCGUGUCGUAUGACAGUGACAGCUUGAGGCAUUUCUUCCUGGGUCUGUCAUCUGGUCUGAUGUUCCUAGCGUUUAUAAUGGAUAUGCUAGUAUGGAGCCGGGCGGGACGAAUCGACAUGAACCCUGGAGAAAGACAAGAUACACCUCAAGACGCGCCACUCGCGCCUAACCCUGACACACAACUCUGA